AGGUAUAUAUAGGAUUGAAGAUUUCUCAGUUAAGACUGCUAGCAAAGGAUGGUUUCUCGGAACUUCCAAAAAUUUAAAACCAUGAAACAUCUAUUGCUGCUACUAUUGUGUGCUUACGUAUUUAAAUCCCAAGCUGCCUCAGACUACGAUUAUGAGAUCCCACUGGAUGCCCGUGGUCAUCGACCCCUUGACAAGAAGAGAGAACAGGCUCCCAGCCUGAGGCCAGCCCCACCGCCCAAGAGUGGCGGUGGCUAUCUGGCUCGUCCAGCCAAACCAGUCGCUGGCCAAAAGAAAGUGGAAAGAAAAGCCCCUGAUGCUGGGGGCUGCCUUCAUGCUGACCCAGAUCUGGGAGUGCUAUGUCCUACAGGAUGUCAGUUGCAAGAUACUUUGGUAAAACAGGAAAGACCAAUCAAAAACAGUAUUAAUGAGUUGAAUAACAAUGUGGAAUCUAUUUCCCAGACCUCUUCUACCACCUUUCAAUACAUGACUCUGCUAAAAGACAUGUGGAAAAAGAGGCAGAAGCAAGUAAAAGAUAAUGAAAAUGUAAUAAAUGAGUACUCCUCACAGCUGGAAAAUUACCGAUUGUAUAUAGAUGAGACUGUGAAUACUAAUGUCCCAACUAACCUCCGUGUGCUUCGUUCAAUCCUGGAAAACCUGAGAAGCAAAAUACAAAAAUUAGAAUCUGAUGUCUCAGCUCAGACGGAGUACUGCCGUACACCAUGCACCAUCAGCUGCAAUAUUCCCGUGGUGUCUGGUAGAGAAUGUGAGGAAAUUCUCAGGAAUGGAGGUGAAACAUCCGAAAUGUAUCUUAUUCAGCCCGACAGUUCCACCAAACCAUAUAGAGUAUACUGUGAUAUGACCACAGAAAAUGGAGGAUGGACAGUAAUUCAGAACCGUCAAGAUGGUAGUGUUGACUUUGGCAGGAAAUGGGAUUCAUAUAAACAAGGAUUUGGAAAUACCGCAACCAAUGAAGAUGGGAAAAAAUACUGUGGCCUACCAGGUGAGUAUUGGCUUGGAAAUGAUAAAAUUAGCCAGCUUACCAUGAUGGGACCCACGGAACUUUUGAUCGAAAUGGAGGACUGGAAAGGAGACAAGGUGAAGGCUCGCUAUGGAGGAUUCACUAUACAGAAUGAGGCCAACAAAUACCAAAUCUCAGUGAACAAAUACACAGGAACAGCCGGCAAUGCCCUCAUGGAGGGAGCUUCCCAAUUGGUGGGAGAAAACAGAACCAUGACCAUUCACAACGGCAUGUACUUCAGCACCUACGACAGAGACAACGACGGCUGGCAAACUACAGAUCCAAGAAAACAGUGUUCUAAAGAGGACGGUGGUGGAUGGUGGUAUAAUAGAUGCCAUGCAGCGAAUCCAAAUGGCAGAUACUACUGGGGUGGACAAUACAGUUGGGACAUGGCAAAACACGGCACAGAUGAUGGGAUAGUAUGGAUGAACUGGAAGGGAUCAUGGUAUUCAAUGAGGAAGAUGUCUUUGAAGAUGAGGCCCUUCUUCCCACAACAAUAGUCUCCAAAACAGAUUUUUAUUCUACAUGUAACAACAUUUUUGUACAUUAUGUUAUUGGAAUUUUCUUUCAUCCAUUAUAUCCCACAAAAUCUUUCAAAAGGUUGUGAGUGUGACUUUUUGAAAAGGUAUUAGGAUAAAUGAUCUUAAAAAUAGCGCACAAUUUUCUUUAGUGUUCUUCAUUUAUAUUGCUCACCAAGAAGUAACUAAAAGAACAAUCAUGGGCAGAGUCAGUGUUCAUGAUUUCAAUCCCAGUUGAUGGUGAAAAGUUUCAAAUUAGGGAGAGGAAUUUUCCUAUUCUUGUUGUAGAAAACAUAUGAAGCAAACAAAAAAUUUAUUUUAAAAGUCCGCUUUUAAAACUCUAUUUAUGUAAGAUUUGUCACACAAAAAUCUUUUUAAAGUAUGUGAUAAUUAAACCAGCCUCUGUUGCAAUAAAUUAAUGUUUUCCUAUUUUGUAAUCCGCACAGCCCAUGAGUUAAGCUUUGAAUUUGUAAGGAAAGGGACACAUUCACAACCUCAAGUAUCUAAUAAACUGGUGUUAAACAUGAA